UGUCAAUUCAUGGUGAAGUCGUGAACUUGUAUUGUGAUUUGUUCUAAUUUCGUACAAAAUAAUUUACUAAUUAUUAUAAAGUAAAGAAAAUUUAAUAAAAAUGAAUAUCACAUCAGCUGCGGGGAUUAUAUCCCUGCUGGAUGAACCGAUGCACGAGGUAAAAGAGUUUGCUUUGAAGAGAUUGGACAAUAUCGUCGAUGAAUUUUGGCCUGAAAUAUCUGAAUCUAUAGAAAAAAUUGAAAUUCUACACGAAGACAAAGUUUUUUCUCAGCAUCAACUGGCUGCUUUAGUAGCGAGUAAGGUUUAUUAUCAUUUGGGAGCAUUUGAAGAUUCGCUUACAUACGCGCUAGGGGCUGGUGAUCUAUUCGACGUAAACGCAAGAAACGAAUAUGUCGACACAACAAUCGCAAAAGCGAUUGACUUUUAUACACAGAAGCGAAAAGCUCUUUUUAUCGACAGUUCUUCAGAACCCAUCGACCCUCGCUUGGAAGCUAUCGUUAACCGGAUGUUCCAGAGGUGUUUGGAAGAUGGACAGUACAGGCAAGCCCUUGGGUUAGCUUUAGAGACUCGCCGAAUGGACAUAUUCGAAGAAUCUAUCAUGAAAUCUGAUGACAUAUCAGGAAUGCUGCAGUACGCCUUUACAGUUGCUAUGAGUCUGCUCCAGAAUAGAGGAUUCCGUAGUACAGUUCUUCGUUCGUUAGUUGGAUUAUACAGAGGUCUAAAUAUACCAGACUAUGUAAACAUGUGUCAAUGUCUCAUCUUCCUUGAAGAUCCUCUCUCAGUGGCUGAAAUUCUUGACAAGUUAACCCAUGGUCCUCAGGAAUCAGUACUCAUGGCAUAUCAAAUUGGCUUUGACUUGUAUGAUUCAGCUACUCAACAGUUCUUAGGUAGAGUUCUUCAGGCCCUCAGAAUCACAGCACCGAUUCCAAGUGCUCUUGGUGGGAAACCUCAGCCUCAAGGUGGCCCCUUCCCAGAGACUUCCAUGGAAGUAGAUCAGGCACCUGUUGAAGAAUCUAAAAAACCAGAAAGAGAUAUAGAUAGUCUUAAUGAUGAAGAAAAAGAACAUCAAAAGAGGGUAGAAAAAUUAAUAUCAAUAUUAGGUGGAGAUGUAUCUAUAGGCUUACAAUUACAAUUUUUAAUAAGAUCUAAUCAUGCAGAUAUGCUAAUCUUAAAAAAUACUAAGGAUGCUAUAAGGGUAUCAAUUUGCCACACAGCUACAGUUAUAGCCAAUGCCUUUAUGCAUGCAGGAACAACAAGCGACCAGUUUCUGAGGGACAAUCUAGAAUGGUUAGCGAGAGCCACAAAUUGGGCCAAGUUAACUGUAACAGCUUCAUUAGGUGUCAUCCAUCGUGGCCACGAAAAUGAAUCCUUAGCUCUCAUGCAGUCUUAUUUGCCAAAAGAAGCCGGACCCUCUUCUGGAUACUCUGAGGGUGGAGGCCUUUAUGCUUUAGGUUUGAUCCAUGCUAACCAUGGCGCCAAUAUCAUUGACUAUCUUUUAACACAAUUAAAAGAUGCUCAAAAUGAAAUGGUGCGUCAUGGAGGUUGCUUAGGGCUAGGUCUAGCUGCAAUGGGAACACAUAGGCAAGAUGUUUAUGAACAGCUCAAGUUUAAUUUGUAUCAAGAUGAUGCAGUCACUGGCGAAGCAGCCGGGAUAGCUAUGGGAAUGGUGAUGUUAGGAUCACGACAUGCUGCCGCUAUCGAAGAUAUGGUUGCAUAUGCCCAGGAAACCCAACACGAAAAAAUAUUACGUGGUUUAGCCGUCGGUAUUGCAUUUACUAUGUAUGGAAGACUUGAAGAAGCUGAUGCACUUGUUCAACAGCUAUUGAGAGACAAGGAUCCUUUGUUGCGGCGAGCUGGUUGUUACACUAUUGCUACUGCUUACUGCGGGACUGGAAAUAAUGACUCUAUUCGUACUUUACUUCAUGUUGCUGUAUCAGAUGUAAAUGAUGAUGUACGACGCGCUGCUGUUACAGCUCUUGGUUUCUUACUCUUUAGAACACCAGAGCAAUGUCCAUCGGUCGUUUCACUCUUAGCUGAAUCGUAUAAUCCACACGUCCGGUAUGGAGCUGCUAUGGCGUUGGGUAUUGCCUGCGCUGGUACUGGAAAUCGUGAAGCAAUCGGUCUUUUAGAACCUAUGGUCAAAUUUGACCCUGUUAACUUUGUAAGACAAGGAGCCUUAAUUGCUUCUGCCAUGAUCUUAAUCCAGCAAACAGAAGCACUUUGCCCCAAAGUUACGUACUUCCGGCAACUAUACGCUCAAGUGAUUUCAAACAAACAUGAGGAUGUAAUGGCGAAAUUCGGAGCUAUUCUUGCUCAAGGCAUCAUUGAUGCUGGUGGACGUAAUGUAACAGUUUCUCUCCAAAAUAGAACUGGUCACAUGAACAUGCUAGCAGUAGUUGGAAUGUUAGUAUUUACGCAGUACUGGUACUGGUUCCCACUAGCUCACUGUUUAUCUCUUGCUUUUACCCCAACCUGUUUGAUUGCUCUUAAUUCUGACCUGAAGAUGCCACAGUUGGAACUAAAAUCCAAUUCAAAACCAUCACUCUAUGCUUACCCAGCACCACUUGAAGAGAAGAAACGUGAAGAAAGAGAAAGAGUUACUACUGCAGUAUUAAGUAUUGCAGCUGCCAGAGCUAGAAGGCGUGCACAUGGAACAGAAGGUUCGUCUAGCAGCGUGACAUCCUCUACUACUUCUAAAAUGGAUGUUGAUGAAGAGGAAAAGAAACCUUCAAAAUCACCCAAUCCAAAUAUCACAGUCCAUGGAAAAUCUGAUAAAGAUGAGAAACCUGGCACAUCAAAGGAAGGAAAAAAAGAGGAAAAGGAAGGUGAAGAAAAAGAAACCAAGGAAAAGAAAGAACCUGAACCAAACUUUGAAAUUCUUAGCAAUCCGGCAAGGGUGAUGCGUCAGCAACUCAAAACUUUAUCUGUUGUAGAUGGUUCAGGAUUUUUCCCACUAAAAGAUGUGACAAUUGGUGGUAUUGUAAUGUUAAAUCAUUCUGGAGAUGGGGAACAAGUUUUAGUUGAGCCAGUAGCUGCAUUUGGCCCUAAAACUGAAGAAGAAAAGGAGCCUGAGCCCCCGGAACCUUUUGAAUACUUGGAUGAUUGACAAAACCUUUUUCGUUAAUAAUUAUAAUGCAUAAAUAGUAUGUAGGACACUAUGAAUCACUUAAAUGUAUUGGAAAACUGUAAUAAAAUAUUGAAGUACAUCUAUUACUAACUGCAAAUUAUAAUUGUGUUUUUCCUCUAAAUAAAUAAUAUUAAAUUA